AUGAUCCAGCAUGCGCAGGUAGGGAGCCUGAGGGGGACGGGGCUGAACGUCUUCCCAACCCUGGGAGAGCUGCUGACGGGCAGGCGGCAGCCACCUGCAGGGCUGAGUCCUGCCCUGGGGCUGGCAGGCAAGCCCAACUGCAUGAGCUCGGCCAGCUGGGACGUGGGCGCAAGGGACACCGUCACACAGCCUCUCUCUUUGGCUUCUUUUGCAGAGGGGCAGCCUGGGGCACAGAGUGGUAUUGCCCCCCAGCAUGACGAUGGAGGAGCAGACGCUUUGUCUGCCACCACUGGCAGCAAUGGCACCUCAGCUGCCACCUCGGUCAGUGAGAGCAGCCAGCAGCUGCUGCAGGCUGCCUACCCUGACACCGGCACCCUCUGCGGCUACAGCCAGCAUCAGCGACACGGCCAUCGGCAGCACAAGGAACAGCCAGCGGCAGCUUCUCACAUCUGCUGCCCAGCUGCACUGCGUCCCUGGUCAUGGCAGCGGAGUUGCGUGGCCGCGGAGCUGUCAGCCUGUCCCACGCAGCCCCACAGCCUCUGCCACAGCGAAGGGCACAGGAAAUGUGAGCGCGGUCCUGCGCAACAACAGCACCGGGAGCCAGAGACCCUGCCAGCAGCCAGCCGCAUGUGCUCCCAGAGCAGGAACGCAGGCCGCAAGGCAGAGCACCAGCCAGCAGCGCUGGCGGCAGGCGUCAAGGGCAGCCUCAAUGGCAAGUCGCUGGGGCUGCCCAAGAAGGUGCUUGGCAAAGCAUCUGCCCCUCCUGACCGACAAGAUCAAGACUCUGGAGCAGCCAAAGAGGAGCUGCCUGGGUGGAGCUCGAAGCAGCCCUGCUCAUCACAAGGGAGGCCUCCGGUCCAGGCUGUGGCUGUGGAUCAGGAAACCAGCCAGCAGCUGGUGGAACAUCAGGAGAUGACCCAAAUCCUGGAUGUGGCAAUGGCGAAAGAGAAGGAAGAGCAAGAAGAGGACAUUGAUAAAGUGUCCCAAGUGAAAGUCAUCACCGCACACAACCUCUGGGUCAACCCCUCGGUCCCAGAGCUUUUACAGGACCCCCAGGGGGAUAUCCAGGAGGGGUCUGGCUGCCCCAGCAGCAAGGGCAUAGGUGCAACAGGGGAGGCAACUGGAGAAUUGCAGAGCAUGUCUCCUGUCCCAGCCGGUCCCACGGACACCAAACUGGCAGCUUCUACACUGGCUAGAGCUGCGGAGGAAGAGGAGCACUGCGCAAAUCUCACUGCAGUGGCACAAGAGGAGGCGGCACCGGCACCAGCUUCUCCUGUCUGUGAAGAAAUGGCCAGCAACAUCACUGGCCAGGUCCUGAUCGCAUCUCUGGCUGUGGUCCAGGGAACCAGCCAGCAGCUGGUGGAACAUCAGGAGAUGACCCAAAUCCUGGAUGUGGCAAUGGCCAAGAGAAGGAAGAGCAAGAAGGACAUUGAUAAAGUGUUGUCUCAAGUGAAAGUCAUCGCCGUACACAACCUCUGGGUCAACCCCUCGGUCCCAGAGCUUUUACAGGACCCCCAGGGGAUAUCCAGGGAGGGGUCUGGCUGCCCCAGCAGCAAGGGCAUAGGUGCAACUGGAGAAUUGCAGAGCAUGUCUCCUGUCCCAGCCGGUCCCACGGACACCAAACUGGCAGCUUCUACACUGGCCAGAGCUGCGGAGGAAGAGGAGAACUGUGCAAAUCUGACUCCAGUGGCACAAGAGGAGGCGGCACCGGCACCAGCUUCUCCUGUCUGUGGGAACCAGCCAGCAGCUGGUGGAACAUCAGGAGAUGACCCAAAUCCUGGAUGUGACAAAUGGCCAAAGAGAAGGAAGAGCAAGAAGAGGACAUUGAUAAAGUGUUUGUCCCAAGUGAAAGUCAUCGCCGUACACAACCUUUGGGUCAACCCCUCGGUCCCAGAGCUUUUACAGGACCCCCAGGGGGAUAUCCAGGAGGGGUCUGGCUGCCCCAGCAGCAAGGGCAUAGGUGCAACUGGAGAAUUGCAGAGCAUGUCUCCUGUCCCAGCCGGUCCCACGGACACCAAACUGGCAGCUUCUACACUGGCUAGAGCUGCGGAGGAAGAGGAGCACUGCGCAAAUCUCACUGCAGUGGCACAAGAGGAGGCGGCACCGGCACCAGCUUCUCCUGUCUGUGGCACCGGGCUCGACACGCAAAGGAGAGCCAGCCUGCCUUGGCUGCUGGGCAGCUCUGUGAACAGGGAGCUCCAGCAGCAGGAGAGCAAGGGGCGUCAUUUGCCACCGAGGCAGAGAUGGAGGCCCGGUCGCAGGCAGGAGCCGCGAGAGACUAUGGGCGAGGAAGCUGAUGACGAGGAGUUGGACAAAAAGGAAGAGGAGGAGUGGGAAGAGGAGGUCGAGAAAGAGCUGUUUGAAGGGGAAGAGAUCACCACCUCUAGCAUCUGGGUCAACCCGUUGGUCCCAGAGCUUUUACAGGACCCCCAUGCAGAUCCCCAGGAGGGAUCCAGCUGCCCCAGCAGCGUGGGCAUAGAUGCGACAGGAGAGGCAACCAGCGACCUGCAGAGCAUGUCUGCUGUCCUAGCUGCACCCACAGACACCAAAGUGGCAGCUUCUACAUUGGCUAGAGCUGCAGAGGCAGAGGAGUACGGCGCACAUCUCACUCCAGUGGCACAAGAGGAGGAGGCACCAGCACAGAGCCAGGCACCUGCCCUGCUCAGCCCUCAGGCCUACGAGAUGAUUCUAGAAGAAAUGGCCAGCAACAUCACUGGACAGGUCCUGAUCACAUCUCUUGUUGUGGUCUGGGGAAGCAGCCAGCAGCUGGUGAAACACAGGGAGAUGGCCCAACUCUUAGGUGUGGCAAUGGCAGUAGUGACAUCUGCAGAAGCUGGGGACACCGAGUCUCCCAUGUCUGGAGACCAUCAGGGAGAGGCCAGCACAGCCCUUGUUUCACGAAAAGCACAGGAGGAUGAAGUGACAGCUUCAUUGCCUCAGAAGGCUGCGGCAGAGGCUGGAGCACCCCGCUUUGCACCAGGAGCAAGCGAUGAAGGAGAUGCAGCGGCUACUCCCUCGGCUUGGGCCUCUUGUCACCCACUGAGCGAGGUGCCUGUGGCCAGCACUGGGGAUACCGAGGUGCUGGAGGCAGGCGCAGCUCCCGGGGUGUGUGUGGCAGGGAGAUUCCCGCUGGUCCCCAUGCCAGAGCCUCUGGAGGAGGUGGAGAGGAGCAGCAUGGCCCACACCAGGCACCGGCUCGACACGCAAAGGAGGGCCAGCCUGCCUUGGCUGCUGGGCAGCUCUGUGAACAGGGAGCUCCAGCAGCAGGAGAGCAAGGGGCGUCAUUUGACACCGAGGCAAAGAUGGAGGCCCGGUCGCAGGCCGGAGGUGCCAGGGACGUCAGGUGAGGAAGCCGAUGAUGAAGGGGACGAGGAUCAGGACAAGGAGGAAGAGCUGUCUGAAGGGGAAGAGAUCGCCACCUCCAACAUCUGGGUGAACCCCUUGGUCCUGGAGCUCUUCGAGGACCCCCACGUGGAUUCCCAGGAGGGAUCCAGCUGCCCCAGCAGCACAGGCAUGGAUGCAACAGGAGAGGCUACUGGAGACCUGCAGAGCAUGUCUCCUGCCUCAGCUGGAUCGAUGGACACAGAGUCAGCAGCUUCUGCAUUGGCUAGCGCUGCAGAGGAAGAGGAGCACUGUGCACCUCUCACUCCAGUGGCACAAGAGGAGGAGGCACCAGCACCAGCUUCUCUUGGCGUUGGUGAGCAGGAGGCAGCACCACAGGCACAGAGCCAGGCACUUGCCACGCUCAGCCCAGACGUGCAUGAGCUGGUUGCACAGGAAGCAGCCCUGCUCAUCACGACGGAGCCUCCGGUCCAGGCUGUGGAUCAGGGAACCAGCCAACAGCUGGUGGAAUAUCAGGACAUGACCCAAAUCCUGGAUGUGACAAUGGCAGCAUUGGCACCUGCAGCACUUGAGGACAUUGAGUCUGCUGUGGCUUUAGAGCCUCAGGGAGAGGCCAGCGCGGCCGUUGCCUCCCCAGAGGCACUUGAGGAUGAAAUGGCUGCUUCAUUGGCUCCGAUCCCUGCGACAGAGGCUGGAACGUCCCACGUUCCUCCAGGAGCAGAUGACAGUGGAGAUGCAGCAGCUUCUCCCUUGUCUCAGGACUCUCAGCGCCAGGGAACGGUCAGGCACUUUGUGAGGAAAGACCUGGCCAAGGUCGUGACUGUCGUCCGGGGAACCAGCCAGCAGCAGGUGGAAGAGCCAGAUGUGGCACAAAGCUUGGAUGUGGAGUCGCCAGCGAUGUCGCCUGCUGUAGUUCGGGACACCGAGGACAAGCCAGGCAUCGCCGCCCUUCCAGACACAGGAGCAGCCCCACAGCAACGACCCUCGCGCUUCAGACGGGUGCUGAAGGCUCUGCGCAGGGCUUUCCGUUGCUCCUGCAUGACCCCGCAAGUGGAGGAGUAGUGCCCUGCUGCCAGCACCAGGCCUGAGGGAGCUGCACUGAGGACGUCAUGCUGCAGCCUGCCCUCACUGUGAAUGGUUUCUCGGGCCAAUAAACAAUAACCCUUUCCCCCCGGUGUUUGCCUGUGCCUGUAUGUUGGUUAGAAUAUAUUUGUGUAAUUCAUGGACCUCUAUAUUUAAUUAAUGUAAAACAAC